AGCUCCGCUCGAGGCGAUGGGCCCUGCUUAAAGGGGCCAUACCCUCCGCAGGAGGCCCCACAGCCUGAGUCGUUCACUGACUCCCCCGCGAGCGCUGCUCCCAGCUCACCGUCUCCUGCAAUGCUUCCUCCCUUCGUUGUCCCUCCAGGCUGCCCGCACGGCUGGGGCAGCGCUGCGAGACACCCGGGGGCGUGGGGGGAGUCGCCGGGUCCCUUUUAAGAGGCAGCGGCGCGGCGCGAGGAGGGCAUCGAUCGGCGCUAUAAAGGGCGGGCUGCGCGGCGGCCGCGGCGACAGCGGGGGCGCGGCGCGGCGGGGGCGGCUGGCGGCGCCCACCAUGGACUUCAACGUGAAGAAGCUGGCGUCGGACGCGGGCGUCUUCUUCUCGCGGGCCGUGCAGUUUACAGAAGAAAAGCUGGGCCAAGCUGAGAAGACUGAAUUAGAUGCCCACUUCGAAAACCUUCUGGCCAGAGCAGACUGCACUAAGAACUGGACAGAGAAGAUCUUGCGUCAGACUGAGGUUCUGCUACAGCCAAACCCUAGUGCCAGAGUAGAAGAAUUCCUCUACGAGAAGCUUGACCGGAAGGUGCCUUCCCGGGUCACCAAUGGGGAGCUGCUGGCACAGUACAUGACAGAGGCAGCUAAUGACUUUGGACCAGGGACACCUUAUGGGAAGACCUUGAUAAAAGUUGGAGAAACCCAAAGGCGCUUAGGUGCAGCAGAACGGGACUUCAUCCACUCUGCCUCCAUCAACUUCCUGACCCCACUGCGCAACUUCCUAGAGGGGGAUUGGCGAACUAUUUCUAAAGAGCGGAGGAUCCUGCAGAACCGCCGCCUGGAUCUGGAUGCCUGCAAAGCCAGGCUGAAGAAAGCCAAAGCUGCCGAGGCAAAAGCAGCGGCUGUGCCUGACUUUCAGGAGACUAGACCUCGUAAUUACGUUCUCUCCGCCAGCGCAUCAGCGCUUUGGAGCGACGAGGUGGAAAAAGCCGAACACGAGCUGCGGCUCACUCAGACUGAGUUUGAUCGACAGGCAGAGGUGACACGUCUCCUGCUAGAGGGGAUCAACAGCACACAUGUGAAUCAUCUUCGCUGUCUCCAUGAGUUUGUGGAGUCUCAGACCAACUACUAUGCUCAGUGUUACCAGUACAUGCUGGACCUGCAGAAGCAACUGGGCAGUUCCAAAGGAGAAAUAUUUUCAGGCACAUUCGUAGGCAAUGCAGAAUCCACAUCUCCUGCAGCUGCUACCUCUCCUCCAGCUGUUGCUGCUGCUACCGUCCCUGCUGUGCCUACCAUUCCAGUUGUGCCCACAAUUGUCGGGGUGCCUAAUACUGUGGCAGAGGGUGUGCUGAACCCAAAUGAAGUCAAGCCUCCUGCCAGCGGGACACGGAAGGCCAGAGUCCUCUACGACUAUGAAGCAGCUGACAGCAGUGAACUGGCACUUCUUGCAGAUGAGAUGAUUACUGUGUACAGCCUGCCAGGCAUGGACCCAGAUUGGCUCAUCGGGGAAAGAGGGAACCAGAAAGGAAAAGUUCCUGUCACUUACUUGGAACUGUUAAGUUAAAUGUCUCCAGGAAGAAGAAUGUACAAGCAGAAUGCACCCCUCAUCUCCUGGCACUUCUAAUGCGGAUUUCUUCAUCAGAGACCAUUGCUCUCUUCAGGGUUGACACUCCAUUGCUAAUGUGGGAAUUGUGGGAAAGAAGUGGUAAAACUGUUACAGUAGGGUUUGGGGAAAGGGCUCAUGGCACCCAGGAUUGAAUUCACUAACCACCAGUGCAGCCUGCUUUGAGGUUAAUCUUGAUGAUGCAAGAUUCCUUGAUUUUCUUUUUCUACCCUACCCUAGUCUUGUUUAUUGCAGUGGCAUUCCCAGGGCCAGCAAACUGUCUCCUUCAGCAGCUGCUCAUGGAGUUUGUUACACUCCCCUUGUGUUUGGUGUUGGUUAGUGCCCGUCUCCCCCUCCCAUCCUCUGUUCUGCAGUAGAAAUGCCUGAAUCAAAUCAUCAAGCAUUCCCGUGGGGAAGUGUCCCACAAACCCUCUGACAUAUUCUAACUGUUAAGGAAAGGAAGCUGAAUUUAAGAGUUAAAAGCCCGUUGAACAGAACCAUCUUGCUCACCUGUGGAAGAACAGUAAUGCAAGGCUUUAAGAGCCAUGCUUACUGCUAGCGGUGCCUGAUGGCUUCAAUGUAGAACUGGGCUGGGAAGCCGGAAGGAAACUUGGUUGAGAAGACCAACCCAAAAACAUAGGGCCUGUAUGUCAAGAAUGAAACCUCAGCGCAAGGGACCAUGCAUCUUGCUUGCAUUUCCUCUGAAAAACUGCUCGUGGACUGCAAAGAGUUUACAAGCCUUUUUACAAGCUUUGCUCCCUGUGUUAAUUGUCCAGGCUCUUCUUUCAGUGUGUUUGUUCCAGGCUGAUGUUUUAGCCUGACUUUAUUUUCCCCCUAGAUCACUGAUUUAACUAAUACUUUCCCCUCCCAUCGCAGCAGUGAACAGACCUGGUGCAUCCUAGUACAGUACGGGGUAGUCCCACUUGCUCUUGUGUCUCCAACAAGAAGCCAUUCUUGGCCGUACACAGAGGCAACUAUGAUUCUGCUUUUCUCACCCUCUUCCCCAUUAAACAAUCGAAGCUGCCCUUGGCGGUGGUGGUGGCCUAGCUCAAAGGGAGAGCGGUUGGGUGCGGAUGCCUUUUAAUCCUAUUAGGAGUCUCUGAGCUAGAGCUCAACUAAAGGACUCCAACUGCUAUGUAACUAGUUUUCAACUCAAGCUGGAUUGAAGAGAAACACUCACCUGCACCAAGUUCUCUGUUCACUACCCUCCUCUCGGUAUGUCAGACACUACCUUUGCUUGUUUAUUGAUCUUUUGCACUUUUCCCCAUGGUAUUGUGACCACUCUAAUGUAACAGGGCACAGAGCACCUGUGUAUGUAGGGCUCAUGGUUUUCAGCACUUAUUUGCCAAUAAACAAACUGCCUGACCUAC